AUGUCUACAAGAAAGCAAUUCAAAGACAUUGUUCCCCCACUGAUGCCAGAAAUCUUGGAUGCCGUGAAGGACUUGAGUUUUGAAUCUCCGACCCCUGUACAGGAAACAGUCAUUCCAUACUUUAUAUCUCAUAAGGAUGUGAACGUUAUUGCAUGUACAGGAUCGGGAAAGACACUGGCUUUUCUAAUUCCUCUAUUCCAAAUAUUAUGGAACAAAAGUUGCUCCUUUUCGCGUGGCCAAGUGGGAGGAGUUAUUAUCUCCCCCACUAGAGAGUUGGCAAUGCAGACUUACUCUGUGGCUCAAAGGUUCAUUGAAAAGUGUGACAAGAUGCAUUUGGUCCUGCUUACUGGAGGUAUUCAAGAUGAUGUAAAGCAGCUUUCAAAUGAUAAGGGUUUGAUUCUAAUCGCCACUCCCGGACGUCUGAAAGACAUAAUGGAGAGACAGCAAGGAAAACUCUCGUUUCGAGAGUUAGAAGUUCUAAUUUUGGAUGAGGCUGAUGUUCUUCUUGAUUUGGGACACGCAGCUACAAUCAACUUUAUCCUCUCAAAGCUUCCAAAGCAGCGUCGAACAGGUCUCUUUAGUGCAACGGAAGCUGAUGGAGUAUCCGCCCUUUGCAAGGCUGGACUCCGCAACCCCAUAAAGGUCAAGAUCGAAAUUAAGAAUCGGAACCAAAUCCAAGCGGUUCCCGUGCAGCUAAAGAAUUACUAUACGAUCCUUCCCAGCGACACAAAGCUCGGAUUCCUACUUCGGUUUAUUCACCUUCAUCCGCAAGAAAAAAUAAUCGUUUUCUUCUUGACGUGCGCUCAGGUCGAUUUCUUGACAUCCGCUCUUCUCUCGCUGAACAUUCUGAAUGGAAUCAAGCUGCGAUCCCUCCACGGCCGCAUGGUGCAAAAGAAGCGCGUCAAAACCAUGGAAGAUUUCCGAAAACCGGAGCCCGGCGUUUUGUUCUGCACGGACGUCGCAGCGCGCGGAAUCGACAUCCCCGACGUGGACUGGAUCAUUCAAUUCGAUCCUCCGCAGGAUCCCGCGUUUUUCGUGCAUCGAGUGGGGCGAACGGCGCGAGCCGGGAAGAAAGGACAGUCGCUGCUGUUUCUCGAAUCGACGGAGGAAGCGUACGUGUCGUUCACGCGACGGAGAGGCGUUCCGUUGAUCGAAUGGGAGGAAAAAUGGGACGAAGCAAUGCGGAAAGAGUCGCUGGAGACGCUGCAGUCGAUUCGAGAGAGAUGCGCGAAGGAUCGCGAUUUGUACGAGAAAAGUGUGACUGGGUUCGUGGCGAAUGUGCGAGUAAGAAAGAAAGGAUCGCUUCAUUUGCAGGCAUACCGAAAUCACGACUGCAACUUCAUUCUGCGGUUUGACGACUUGGAUUUGGCGUCGUUGGCACGGUCGUUCGCGUUGGUUCAGCUGCCGAAAAUGUCGGAGUUCAAGAAGAAAAAGAUCGAAUAUGAAGAGAUGGGUAUCGAUGUGCAGACGAUUCCGUACCUCGAUCCUGUCCGCGAACAAGCGAGACAGGAGCGACUCAAGAAAGAGGCACAGGCGCGCACAGCGAAAGCGCUGAAGGAGCCGAAAGCGAAGAGUGUGAAGCGAUCUCGCGAGGAAGCGGAAGAGGAAUCGAAGAAGAAGAAGAAGGGAAAGCACGAAAAGAUCAUGAAUGAGUGGGAAGAAUUGCAGGAAGAGGAGCGAUUGUUCCGGAUGUUUAAGCAGAAGAAGAUUAGUGAGGAGGAGUACACAAGGCGAUUGCUGUCUUCGAAGCCGGAAGAAGAAGAAUCGACGUUUGAGAAGCGAUUUGAGAAGCUUCAUAAGGAUCAUCAGAUGCUUCGAAAUACCCGAAAGAGUCGGCAAUCGCAUAAACUAGUUCAGAAAGGACCAAGUCGAUGA